GUACUCAUUUUGCAUUUGUAGACUGUUGUAUUAAAAACCAUUAAUGUAAAUAUGACCCUAAUGAACUCCAUUCGUAAUGCUACAGGGAAUAGAAAAGAAGACUUCAAAGUUGCAGGGAAACGAGAAAGCCGUAGUUGCACGUCAUGAAGCAGGUCAUGCUGUAGUAGGUACUGCUGUUGCAAGUCUUCUCCCCGGGCAACCACGGGUUGAGAAACUAAGCAUACUGCCUAGAUCUGGAGGGGCACUAGGAUUCACUUACAUCCCUCCAACCAAUGAGGACAGAUAUUUGCUGUUUGUUGACGAACUACGUGGGAGAUUAGUCACUCUUCUUGGGGGACGUGCUGCUGAAGAAGUGAUCUAUUCUGGACGUGUUUCCACUGGUGCACUGGACGACAUACGCCGUGCCACAGAUAUGGCAUACAAGGCAAUUGCGGAAUAUGGUCUGAAUGAGACUAUAGGCCCUGUUUCAUUGGCAACUCUUUCUGGUGGUGGUACGGAUGAUUCAGGAUCUUCCCUCUGGGGAAAAGAUCAGGGACAACUCGUUGAUCUUGUUCAAAGAGAAGUCAAAUCCCUCCUUCACUCUGCACUUGAAGUGGCUCUAUGCGUUGUGCGUGCCAAUUCGACUGUUUUGGAAGGUUUGGGAGCAUGCUUGGAAGAGAAAGAGAAGGUUGAAAGCGAGGAACUGCAAGAGUUGUUAAGAUCGGUUGUUGCCCCAGCCGAACUUUCACAUUUCUUGAAGGGCAAUCAGACGUCUCUUCUCCAACUGCAACCUGCGAGUUCUGGGUGAUGACAUCACAUGAGCGAACGACCGACCGACCACUCUGGCUUAAUUUCUUUGUCCUCAUUCAGAAACACUAAAAUAUUGUUUCCAAGGGCAAUUCUGGCAUGGAUUCACUCUGACCUUUGUGUAUGUAUAGUAAGGUGGUAAAGGGUCUCUGUGUCUCUAUCUAUAGGACUCCUCCUGACAUGAAGCUUUUCAUGUGUGUAAUUACCAUUUGGUAGUCAGAGUGGUGUAUCUAUGUGAAGGCCUUUGAUGUCAGUUAUUAUUUGCAUACAUGUACUUUUGACUGCCCAUCAUAUGCUACUGUAUUGAAUAUAUGCACGCUUGUAUAUAUACAUAAAAAAAGUAAGAACUGUAAGAACAUGCGUUUGGGGAAUGAGUCAUGUAAGGUGGUUUAUUCGAUUGUGCCGAAUUCUUUUUAAAAAAAAUUCGGUAUCAAU